CAGUAAUAACGUACAUACCUAGAUUUGCAUAAGGAUACAAUAAAGCGCGGGAUGUUUUAAUUAGGAGGAACAUGAGUGAGCAAGACUGCUUUGGGAUUCUGGACUCUGAGUUUGAUCAUUACCUGGUGGACAUGAAGUCAUAUGUGCUUAAACUGACCGACAAGACAGAGCGCCAGCGGUGUGAACUGUGGAUUAAAAAGUUGUGUGAGCCUGAGACCUGUGGCUCUGGACUGACUGGAAGGAAAAGUCGUAACAUGUACACCCGACUCCUUCUGCAGAUGCUCAGAAAAGGAGUUUUAGAGGGUCCCUUUACCCACAAACCUGAAGCAGGCGGCCUCAAGACUUUACCCACAUACAUGUCCAUCUAUCUGGAUGAGCCGUUGCUGGGCAGGUCACAGGAGCAGAGAUCUGCUGUGCUGCCAGACUGGGUGUCUGGGGAGUUGGGUCAGACUGAUGGCUCAUGGUCCACCUCGCCCCUCUCAAACACACACAGGAAGAGGAGUUUGUUCAGUGAUAAGUCACCAACCAGACUGCUGUCCUCAAGUCCUGUCAAACGCGAUAUCAAGGAUGAUGUUAAGAUGGCGGAGGCACACAGGAGGCCGCCCAUCUCCUCUGACGAUAGUGACUUUGAGGCUCGCUUCAACAGCUGGACCCUGGGGAUAGAAAACCCCAGAUAUCUGCGUGAGAACCCUAUCCCUCUGUCCCCGAUUUAUAACAAAUCAAGUUUUGGAAAAAACAGCCUUUGUGAUGAGGCCACCCCAGUGAAAGCUGAUAAGGAGAUUGAGUUGAGAACUAAAGUCUUGGAGGCCAAACAUCAAGAGGAUACAUUGAGGAUGCAACAGAAACAUGAUGCUGAGAUUCAGAAGAUUUUGGACCGCAAGAAUGGUGAGCUUGACGAGCUGAAGAGCGUGUAUCGUGGGAAGCAGAAGGAGGCGGAUGAGACGAUUCAGAAGCUGGAGAAGAGAGUUCAAAGCCUGCUGCGAGAGUCCCAGGUCAUCCGACAGACCAAAGAGAAACAGAUCAGCGAGCUGAAGAAAAUGUCUGAUCAAAGUGCUGAAUUUCUGAAAAACGAAUGGGAGAAGAAGUUGCAUGCCGCGGUGGCAGAGAUGGAACAAGAGAAGUUUGAGCUCCAAAAGAAGCACACAGACAACAUCCAGGAGCUGCUGGAGGACACCAACCAACGACUUGCCAAUAUGGAGGCUGAGUACAGCAGCCAGACACAGGCCACUGAGCAGAUGUUGCAUGAGCUGGAGACACGGGUGAAGCAGCUCUCGGUGGAGGUGGAGAAUGGGAACCUGCUCCGGCAGAAGGUCACUCAGGAGAAAGCCGAGUUAGAGAUUCAUAUCGCCUCCAUCAGCGCUGAGCUUCAAGAAGCCAACCACAGGAGCGUAUCCCUGCGGAGGGAAAUGGAGCAGAUGAGAGACCAGCAUGAAGACGUACUGCAGAAACUUCAGGCCAGACAUAACACUGACAUGAGCCACUUCCAGCAGGAGCAUGCCCUCUCUGCAGCCAAGGCAUCAGAGGUGAUUGAAGAUUUGGAGCAGACCGUGAUUCACCUCAAACAGCAGAUACAGGAAGCUGAAAACAGGAGACAGAAACAGCUCAGGCACCAAGAGAAUGAGAUGCAGCAAGAGAGAACAGACCUGCAAAACAUCAAUGACAAAAAGCUGCAGACGCUUCAGGCCGAGCUGGAAAAGGAACGAGCCGACAGCAAGAGGAAGAUGAGCAAGAUGGAGGACUCACUCAGAGAUAAAGAGGAGCAGCUGGUUCGUCUUCGGGACAGUCAGAGACGUCAGGCCCAGCAAGCUGAGAGUGCACUGGAGAGCUUUAAGAAGCAGGUGGAGCUCAGCUCUGAGAAGACCUAUGCUGACAUGAAGCAACAGAUGGAGAAAGUAGAGGCUGAUCUGAUUCACUCUAAAUCUCGCCGAGAGAAGCAGUCUAAAGAGUUCAGUUACCAGCUGGAGGAGCUGCAGCGAAGAUAUGAGCAGCAGAUUGUGGAACUGAAGCUGCAGCAUGAACAGGAGCGGACGCACCUACUCCAGACACACAAUGCUGAGAAGGACAGCCUGGUCCAGGACCACCAGCAGGAAAUUGAUAGUUUGGACAAGCAGGCGAGGGCCGCCAUGGUCCAGCAGCAAACGCAAACCCAGGAGUGGAGGAAGCGCAAUGCUCAGCUGCUCUUUUCAACUCUGGAAAACACAAAACAGCACCAUCAUGAGUCCGUCCAUCCAGCUGUGAUGGGUCAUGGAAGAUGGGCUCCAGCAGACUGGCUCUCACCACCAGAUGGGCCCUCGAUGAUGAAAAGAGUUUUAAUCUCUGGCCAGACAUCACUGAAGCAGAGCACGCACAGCCGCUUUUCACUAGGCUUCACGUUGAACUCUUAAAGAAAUGCAAAUGCAUUUCAGCUGAAGAUUUGGAUCGCACCAUUCGUCUUUCAUCCAGAAUGGGGCUGUGGUCCUUGAAAAUGCAAAUUGAGGAGCAUGCCACACAUACAAUACCUCUGAAAUCACCGUAAGAGAGCAGGGACCGACAUACUUGUUUUUAUCCGUGCCUGUCCUGUUUCCCUAAGCAAUGCUCUCGGGAUAGCACACUAACAAAAAUGUGUUUAGACGACGAUUGAUCUCAACUUUACAGUACACACUGCCGGUGAAUACGGUUUUCACUUUUCAAAUGUUUAAUCUUAUUCUGUACAUAGAAUUCUGUUAAUGACAACUGCUUUUCAAUCCUCUCAGUGUGUACAGCUAGCUGUUAAUACAGCGAACCAGUUUGGUAAUGGUGAAUUCACAUUGACAGUGGUUAUAUCGCCAAUUUGGAUUCUGUUGGUUUUAAGAAGAUAUUUCUAAUGGACUGCUAUAUCCAGUUGUAUCAGGUGGAUCACAUGAGCUUCACUAUCUGUACUCCCAUUGGUGUUAACCGCAGCUGCUAAUUUGUGUAAACCGUGUAAAAGUUGUGCUGAAGUUGCAUUGGCUUCUCUCAUUGAAAAUGAAUGACUUCUGAUUUAUUGGCUGCUACUCAUCAGUGUAAACACCCUUUAAGGCAUGGGGCUGACAUGAUCACUUUUAAAAAAUAAGGGUUUCAAAUGUGGUUUUCACAACAAUGCCAUAUAAGAAAUAGUUUUGGUUCCCCAACAAAUUAACAAACAAAUCUUAAAAGAACCUUUUUUUAUUUAGUGUGAAGAAUAUUUAAAAAAUCAAAAGAACCCUUUUCCACUAUAAAGUACCUUUUGUGGAAUGGAAAGAUUCCGUGGAUGUUAAAGGUUCUUUAUGGAACCAUAGAUGCCAAUAAAGAAGCUUCAUUUUUAAGAGUGAACUGGAGCAACACUGACAAGAAGUACUGUACCACUGUAAGGAAGUGCUGUAGGUGAAUUUGUUUAGCCCCACACAACGAUUUAGAUCUGUUUGGGCCUAUUUGCUGAGUUCACUGCAAGCCCAGUUUUUGUAUGUUUUGGCCAAUGCAUGCAUAUUUUCAUUGUGGUAUUUUGUUUCUCUUGGUUCUUAAUGAAUAUGUGCAUAAAUAAAAUAAUAAUUCACAGUCUGUCCUACAUUCCUGUCUCUCUCACUUCAUUUUUAUUAAAUGCUUUUGUUCAGCUGUUGAAAUUACAUCAUACAUGAUGUGACAUUCUCAGUGGUUAUUGCCUUUUAUUUUCUGUGCUAGUUUCUCAGAUUCUUUUCAUACAAGCACGUCCAAGCCCAUCAAAAGUGCAUCAGAAAAUUCUUCCCAGAGUCCAGUUUAAGAGGGAAUUAUAGAUUAAAGGCUCCUCCGAGCCGAGAUCUAAUAGCUUUGUGCCGUUGGCUGGUGCUGCGCCGCUCUGGCCGUAUUGGACCCGCGCGCAGUCUUGGCAUCUGGGUGUUUGUGCGACACAGCUUUGAAGUUUGCUGCUAUUCCCCAAGUGGCCACAAAACAACUUCAGAUGCUUUUCCGACAGAUGUCCCACGUGAUGCACUUAGCAGUCUCCUCCCAGGCAUGUUUGGAAGCGCGAGGAGUAGUCGAGGGACUUCCAAGAUGCCAGAAUCUACCACAUGCCACCAUCUGCGUGAGGGUUAAACGCUUUGGGAGCGCAGAUUAUUUGAUAUCAUUGUUGUGGACAGGGUGUGAUGGUGUGUAUAGCUUCAGUAGUGCUAUUAAUUACUAACAAACACCAUAUUUUUCAGUUCUCGUUAUUAAGAGAGAAAUGUUGGUUUUCAUAAUCAUUCAUCAACACAUAAUAAGGACUUUUCUGUUCACGUAAUCAGUGUAAUGGGGGUGAGGAAUAAACUGUGUUGACCAAUAAAAUCACAGCCCACUUUUCACAAUAUCAUCAAAUUCCAGUGGAUGCAAAUGAGUCAUUUUUUUUCCAGCUGAACUGUUUACCUAGAUUAUUUACAAUUGUUUGUAUGUAUAGGUAGCACUUUAUUUUCUCACUAUUAAC